AUGGAAGCAGAUGGAAGCGCAGACGCACUGGAUGCGCUUGCGCCUCGUCUGGCUGCUCAGGAGAAACUCCCCAGCGCUGGUGCUGCUGCAGCCACCCUAAACAUCCCGACCGCACCGUCCCUGGCAACUCCCGCUGCAGAUGAAUCAAAGAGAUUUUAUAUUCGGCUGCACAGCAGCAGCGGCCGAUGUAAAAGCGGCGGCUUCUGUGGCAGCGCUUGCUCUGGCACUCCCACAUGCGCCUUGGCGCGACGAGUACACCACCAGGAGGAGCUCACAGGUCUCAACACUUGCACGCAACUUGGUGCAAAUACAUCCACAGCUGCAUCAAAAGCUACAUCAACAGCUGCAUCAAAAGCUGAAUCCAAAGCUGCAUCAACGACUGCAUCAAAAGCUGAAUCCAAAGGUGCAUCAACGACUGCAUCAACAGCUGUAUCAAACGCUCUAUCAAAAGCUACAUCGAAAGCUGUAUCAACGACUGCAUCAAAAGCUGCUCUCAGAGCUGCAUCAACAGCUGUAUCAAGGACUGCAUCAACAACUGCAUUGAAAGCUGCAUCCCAAGCUGUAUCAACGACUGCAUCAAAAGUUGCACUCAAAGCUGCAUCCAAAGCUGUAUCAAGGACUGCAUCAACAACUGCAUCAUUAAAAGCUGCAUCCAAAGCUGUAUCAACGACUGCACCAGAAGCUGCAUCAUCAAAAGCCGCAUUGAAAGCUCUAUCAACGACUGCAUCCAAAGCUGCAUCAGGCACAUCCCCCCCUCUAGCAGCCUCCGAGCAUUCAGACGAUCCGACGGCUGUUGCAGCCGCAGCUGCCGAAGAGCAGAAGCUACUGGCUGCAAGCGCUGCAGCGGACGCCACAAGAGGUUCUCCGCGGCAGUUAAUCGCCGCUGAAGUGCCGCAUGCUCACCAUAAGGCAUGGUGUUCUUCACUCUCUUAUGCGGAGAAGUUGAAACACCUACUAGAUGGCAGAUCCGUGAGGCGGUCUCUCUUGCAGAAGGAGCCGCCGUCAACGGCUUCCAUUUGCGGACAGUUUGCAAUUCCCAAUCACUUUGCGAUGCUGGAAGAUGCAGAUCGAGUCAGCUUCUACAAAGAGGCUAUCCUUCGGGAAGGCUUCUCCCCUGAACAGUCAGAGUCGCAGUCGGAGAAGAAGCAGCAGUCAGACAGCCUCUCGGGGUUGCACGUGCUGGAAGUUGGCUGCGGACCUCUGGCGCUGCUCUCGCUUCUCGCGGUGCAGCAGGGGGCAGCCCGUGUAGAUGCUCUGGAGCUCAAUCCAGGUGUCUAUCAGUUCGCCAGUACGUUCGUCCAGCAAAUCGGUAUCAACUCUUCUCGCCCGCAAGCCUCCGGAGGCCAAGAGCAGCAACUGCAACAGCAACAGCGACAGCAACAGCGGCUACGCGUCUUCCGAUGCUACUCAAAGCUUUUCCCGCUGACACCACGAAGCGCUGCCAUCGGUGCUCCCGCCAUCGUGCAGACUUCUUCUUCUGCCCCCAGGGUCAGCAAGAGUUCUGCACCCGGUGAAGCAGCAGCAGCAGCAAAACCGACAGGCAGUGCACAGCUUCCGGAGGAGCAGUGCUACGACCUGGUGCUGCAUGAGAUACUUGGCGAUUUCGCUUCUCAGGAGGGUGUGGCUGAUGUUAUUAGGGAUAUCCAGGAGAGAAGCGCUUCUAUUCCGAGGAGCAUUCCGUUUGCUGCAAGGACCUUCAUUGGCAUUUCCGAGCUGCCGUCCCCCUGCUGCAUCAAGUAUCCGGCAAGCGAGCAUCCGGAGCGCAGUGUCAUAUCUCCCCGAGAGCGCCUUCUACAAUCCGUCGGCCUUCGCUUCGGUGAGGCGCUGCUCAGCACUCAGCUGAAAGCCAUCGAGGAACUGCAUUUCGAAUGCACGAUGGCAACGCAGAUGCUGCAGAGGCGGACCUUGAUGUUCGAUGUCGAGAGGCAGGGCCUUUUCGCAGGAUUUCUAGCGGCUAUUGAAGUAGAAAUUCGUCCUGGGCGCUUCUUUGGACCCAUCUAUGAAGGACAGUGUGACAGUUGGUACACCAACUUUGUGCUGCUCGGCAGGGAGAUCCGCGUUUGCAAGGGCGACAGAAUUCGUGUCAAGACGGAGGUGAACCUUACGAAUUUCCAGAGGGAGCAGCACAUGGGCCUAAAAGGACGUCGCUGGGUGUCGGUGUCACGCCCUUCCUACGUAUUCAAUGGAGACGUCCUCUCGCAGAAUGGCCACGUAGAGCCUUUCGGCCCUAUUAUUAUCGAUUUCGAUGAACAAGCUUGCUGCAUUCACCCUACUGAGUAA